AGUUCAAUUAUUUUUUUCAACCUUCAAUUUCGGUUUAUCGUUUUUUGCAUCUUUCCGUUGCGUGAAAAUAAAGGUGGUGCAAUCGGAUAUACAGCAAGAGGAUAUGUUAAGUAUCUUUCGUAAUUGAUUAAUAGCUGAAGAAAUGGAUAAUAUACCGAGAUGGUGUCACGCAUUAAUACUGUGUCUUCUGAUUCAUGGCCUCCAAAACAUGUGCUACUGCCAGUCAUUUGAAGAUACGACAGCUUCUGUUGAGUACAGCGUAAGCAGCAGUCGCAGCACCAGUGUUGGUAGUAAAGGUUUUAAUAUAGAUUCGGAUAAUCCAGAUUCGAACAAUCAUUCUAGAGAAGCUCUGAAGCUUGAAGCUAAUUCUCCGGAAGCGGUUGUCUUUAUCGGCAAAACAAACGAUUACGUCCCUGUACCGGCCUUAAGGAAGCGGAAUGACGAUAUUAACGGUGAUGACAUAGAUUGGCAGCAUCCAUAUGAAACGUGGGAUAGAGAAUAUAGAAGAUUCCGUUUUAAUAACACCAGAGUUCAACAUAUAGAAGCUGAAUGCCAGGACGAUUACAUGAAAAUCCGUAUUGGUCUUAAUGGUUCCUUCACAGGACUGGUAUAUUCGGCCGGUUAUGCCUACGAUCCCGAUUGUAUGUAUAUCAAUGGUACCGGCAGAGAUUAUUACGAAUUUUUUAUCCAAUUAAACAGAUGCGGAACUUUGGGGAAAAACACCCACAAUGACGAAACUGAAAAAUCACCAACAAAGAAUUUUAUGUGGAAUACAAUUACAGUACAAUAUAAUCCUUUAAUAGAGGAGGAAUACGAUGAACACUUUAAAGUUACGUGUGAAUAUGGUUACGAUUUUUGGAAAACAGUCACUUUUCCUUUUUUGGACGUAGAAGUGGCCACAGGAAAUCCAGUUGUAUUCACAUUAACUCCACCAGAAUGUUACAUGGAAAUACGAUACGGAUACGGUACUACCGGUAACAGAGUAUCUGGACCUGUACGAGUAGGAGAUCCACUCACUCUAAUGAUCUACAUGAGAAGCAAAUAUGAUGGAUUCGAUAUCGUAGUUAAUGAUUGUUUCGCACAUAAUGGAGCUACGAAGAAAAUCCAACUUAUAGAUGAAUACGGGUGCCCCGUGGACGAGAAAUUGAUAUCAAGAUUCCGAGGUUCGUGGUCCGAUUCCGGAGUUUAUGAAACCCAAGUUUACGCUUACAUGAAAACUUUCAGAUUUACUGGUUCCCCUGCUUUAUACAUCGAAUGUGACGUUAGAAUGUGCCACGGCAGGUGCCCGAGUCAAACCUGCCACUGGAGAAACCUCAAAGCUGUCCGAAAAAGAUCCAUCAACAACAAUACUUCUACUCCAUCUCCGGUGUCUUUAUCAGAAAAUGUUAAUCUAUUUCAAUCUUUAAGGGUGCUCCAGGAGGGAGAACUGGAUGAUGAAAAAAAUAUUACAACAUCGAGUAACCAAAAAGGCGACCCGAACAACAUAUGUUUGAAGACUGGUUGGUUUUCAGCCCUAUUAGCUUUGGGAGGUGGAGGUAUGUGUCUUCUUGGAGGAGCCCUUCUUGCUACUUGUACUAGGAUGAGAAAAGUUGCCAUAGAAAAAGUAUUAACCGGAAAUCAUUUUAAUGGAUACAUGAAUCACAGGGGAAGCAUAAAUUGAAUUUAUUUACGACGCUAAUAAUAUUUAAGAUUUAAAUUAUUGAUUGUUUUGAAUGCUAAAACAAAUUAGGUUUUCCAAAAUUUGUAUAUAUUUCAAACUAAGUAGAAUAACAAGAAAUGAGUUAGAGGAAAUACUUAUAUGUAGUUGGAAAUGUUUUGGCUCAAGUAUUUUGGAAAGAAAAGUUUUGUUUAACAGCUAAUUAUCAAAGCUGUUAUUCAAUUUCUUCGUUUUCGAAAUUCAAAGCUAUUAUUUGGCAUAUAAUGACUUGAAUAAUUUAUCUCCAAAACGUUUCCGAAACUUCCAAGACUUACUUGGUUCAGAAGUAGAUCAAAAUAUUGAGACAAAACCACAGAGUAUCGAUUAACAAAGAUUCAUGGUUGAAAAUUUUCUUAUUCAUAGGUUAUGUCCGUGAUGUCGCGCAUGCUUAGCAGACUUAUGAUUUUUCUUAAGCGGUAUAUAUUAAAUAUAUUAUAAACAAUUAAAAAAAGUUGUCGAACCGAACUACUGGUCAUGUAAGUGCAAAAUUUUCUUAUUUUUCUAGCCUAACCUAACUUUUUAAAUGCAGCAAUAAAGACAGAGAAAAGACUCUAAAAAAUGUAGUUGCAUUCAUUCAACACUUCACCUCGAGAGAAGUUAAAAAUUUAGUUCAUGCUAACAGUGUGACAGUGUAAAACACUGAUUUAAAGGGUCACUGUAACUCCAGGAAUUUUGCGAAAAUGCCGAGAUGUCAUAUUUAGGAAUGGGCAAAUGAAAACAAUAUAUCGAAAUUUUCAAACAAUAUCGAUUCAAGCAGAACAAAAAUAUCGAUAUUUUGAUUUAUCGAUAAAUAAGAACUUUCCAUCACUUUCUUUAGGCUGGAAACCAUUUUUUGUUCGCCCCGGAUUGAAAAUUAGUUUACAGAUAAAGUUAAAUAUUUUUAACAAAAGUAUAUCAUACAAUCAUCCAUCCAAGAAAAAAAAUUAUCCUCCAAUGAAUUCUGGAGCUCUUUGGAGUGAAGGUAAACGAAAUAACAGAUUCGCUAAGGAAGGGGAAGACAAACUUUUCAUAGGACCUGAAGAAACGAAUAUGGCACCUUAAAACAUACAUACACACAUAAUACGUGUAGUAAAAGGUGAAAGCUUUGAUUUGUAACAAGCUGGUAGAAAAACGGAGUUGAUGCAUUUGGAAUGGUACUACAAUCAAAUCAAAAUCAUCAGGGAUCAUCUUGCUGAGGUUCCUAACCGUCACCCUUCGAUCUUUCAGCUUUGCUCAUUCCUCUUUCGCAAUCAGUUCGACCGAAAACGAUGGCCGGCCAAAGCUUUAUUUGCCAUGGACGUCUGUACGUCCGUCUUGGAAUUUGUGCAUAUGUUGUACGCUCAUACGCUUUUCUCAUAUACCUCACACAGUUUUAAAUGAAAAUGUCCACAGAAGAAACGUUUUUCACGGUUAAUAACAUAACAAUUGAAGUUGUAGACUCUCGCUCGAACGGGAGCUAGGAAAAAGGAAGCUAGUUUCACUAAAUCCUGCCUAUCAGCUUUCCUAGCAAACGUAGCUCCUUGGAAACUUUCUUGUUACCAGUUUUUCUAAAUAUCACUUCUUGAAUUGAAUUAUUGGAAUUUCAAUAAUCAUAAUUUUGAUCUACUUGAUACGUAAAUACGUACUUGAACAUACACGGAGAAUUCGACAUAUUUAUAUAAUUUUCAAUGGCAUAUAAUUAAUAAUAUUUGUUUUUAGUUAACUUCUCCUGUAUGUUCGCCGAGUGUAUUUUAUAUAAACUAUUUAUUUCUGCUUACAUAAAAUACGAAACUUUUAAACAUUGUAUAUAUUACUGAAUUAAAUAUAUAAAAGUACAUUUU